UUCCCUUUCAUUUUUAUUUGUUUAAUAGUUUUUCAUAAACAGUUGAAUUUUUUCUUUAUUUUUUUUUCUUUCAGAUGGAACAUACAUCUGAGACUAUGCUUUUAAAUCAUGAGGCUACUCAGUCACAAGCCAACAUGGAUUCUGAAUAUGUUUUUGAACAUGAAGACAUGCCUUUGGACGAUCAAACCAUUGCUAUUAUGGAUUUUGGUGAUCUUACGCCCUCUCAGUUGGAUUCGCCUUUCGCUGACACCCCAGAUUUGAUUUGCUUGGAGUGUAAUAAAACCUUUGCACACCAGAGAAGCUUGACAAGACAUAUAAAAGUGCGACAUUCGGCAGGUAAAUACAUUUGCUCUAUAUGCAAAAAGAUCUUCCAACGCUCCGAUAAACUGAAUAAUCAUAUGAAGAUUCAUGCUAAACCCCAGAAAUCCAUGCCAUCUCACGCAGUGAAACGAGCAGCUCCCCCUGCCACCAUGCCUGCCCCUAAACGACCGAGGCAAGAGCGUCCACCCUGCCUUGGUACGUUUGCUACGGAAAUCAUUUAUCCUAGUGAAGACUUACAAGUGUUUUUAGAGUUGUCAAAAACCGAAGUCGCGAGCAAGAUUCAAGAAGCUGCCGCACAGCACCAGGGGAUUAAAUGGUACUUGAAUGCUUGUGUGAAGAUGAUCAAAAAAGUGUCAGAGACCGAGGAGGAGACAUGCACCCCUUACUUUCGAUCAAAAUGCAGCACUACGCUCACAGGAGAAAUGCACGAUAUGCAGACAGCUAUUGAAAAGGUAAGAAAGUUGAUUUUAUUUGAACUUUAAUUUAUUUAAAAAUGUGUGUAAAAUUAGUAUCACUCAUGAAAUGUUUUACAAGUGCUGGAUUCCUUGGGCAAAUUUCUGAAAAAUGGCUCAGGAUGGGUUUUAGACUCCGUUCAAUACCUGGAGCUCAAGACCGCAGUCUACAAACCCCUGACGGCCUCUUUUUAUAUACCCCUACCGAAAGCCUUAGCCAGUAAAAUGGCUGUUCUCAAUAUACAGAAUGAGGACCACAAAUGUCUGGUGUGGAGCGUCUUGGCAGCCCUUCAUCCCGUUGAAGAUCAUAGAGAACAUGUAUACAGAGUAUCUCAUUAUAAGCCCUAUGAAAGAGAAGUCAAUGUGGAUGGCCUGUCUUUCCCUACCCCCAUUCACCAGCUGGACAAGUUCGAGAAAAUGAACAACCUGCCGAUCAACGUGUUCGGUUGGGAAAACAAUGAGGUUUUAUCUCUUCGUAUCACCAGGAGUCGAAACGGUGAUCGACAUAUCAAUCUGCUGCUCAUUUUCGAUGAGGAAAACAGACACUAUUGUCCCAUUUAAAACAUGUCUCGUCUUCUUGCGGGCUUGACGAAAAAUUGUCAGGAGAAAUUUUAUUGGGACUAUUGCUUACACAGGUUCAAAAAGAAGGAGACUCUCGACGCGCAUGUAGAAGACUGUCGAUUCCAUGGAGUACAAAAAAUUAAAAUGCCGGAAAAUAAAUUGUUAAAAUUUGACAAGCCCCAGUUUCAACUACCCAUUCCAUAUAUAGUUUAUGCUUGAUUUCGAAUCCAUUUUAGUGAAGAAAGAUACUUGUCUACCAGAUCCUUCGAAGUCAUCUACCACCCCUGUAGCCGUCCAUCUUCCUUGUGGAUACUGUUACGUGAUCGUGGGACCAGACGGUUCAUUUUAUCGGGAACCUCAAGUCUAUAGAGGGAAAGACGCUGUCAACCACUUUCUAAUCAGCUUUACUGGAAGAAGAAAGGGGCAUCUUUGAAAUUUUGAAAACUGUAGAGCCCAUGAUUUUCACCCAAGAAAAUCAGUGGGCCUAUGAAUCUGCCUCUGAAUGUCAUAUCUGUGAGAAGCCAUUGAAUGGAGAUAAGGUGCGGGACCAUUGCCAUCUUACGGGAGUCUACAGAGGAGCAGCUCAUAAUGGAUGCAACAUCAAUUUCAAAUUUGCAAAUUUUCUACCUGUGGUCUUCCAUAAUCUGAAGGGAUAUGAUUCUCACCUCCUGAUGCAAGCGGUGGGAAAAUUCAAAGACGAAGAGAUUAAGUGUAUUCCGCAGAAUUCAGAAAAAUUCAUUUCUGUUUCUUUGGGUCGUCUACGCUUCAUCGAUUCUCUACAAUUUCUGAAUGCUUCUUUAGACAAGCUGGCGGCUAA